AUUAAUGGAUCUUCCUGAAACGCCAGGUUGCCUAACGGGGCAAGAGAAGUUUGCGGCGGUGGUGGACUUGAAGGGGUGGGGUUACGCGAACUGUGACAUCAAGGCAAGCGUGGCGGGGCUAGACAUCAUAAAGAACUACUACCCGGAGCAGUUGGGGCAGGUGUUCCUGGUCCACGUACCCUUCGUGUUCAUGGCGGCGUGGAAGCUUGGGUGCACAUUCGUCGAUGACAACACCAAGAAGAAGUUUGUGUUCAUCGAUGAUAGGGGCCUCAAUGGCACACUCCGAGACGUUGUCGACGAGUCCCAGCUCCCCGAUGUGUACGGAGGGAAGUUCAAGCUGCAAGGCUACAACCAUUCUUCACCACCUUCGUCUACAUGCAACUGAUCGUCGAUGUCAUCCACUAUAUGUACGUGGCAUACACAAUUAAGGCUGUUCUAUUUUUAUUCAAUUAUUA